AUGUUAAGCUGGUUAAGACUGCAGAUGUCACUGUAAUAAUAUGUUCAAGCAAAUGUAAUUCUACAAUAACCUAAAUACUAUUUCAUUUAAUUAACAUGAUUUUUUAAUUUGGCACAAAGUUGAAUCCUAAAAGCUUUAAAAGUUGUUUAAAAACCUUGAAGAUUGUUUUUUUUCACCUUUUAAUAUCCUGGUAUUACUUCAACAAUUGAGCAGAACUGAACCGCGAAAUAAAAAUGUAAAAAGGUGAGAAUAACAGCCUGGUUUUUUUUGUUAAACUGCACAGAUUACAUGUAUUCUUUAAUGUUAUAGUCUUAAAAGAAAAGAGUGAGAAGACAGAAAUGGAAAUUCUUAAAGUAGGUAACUCAAAGUACUACUUAAAAUUACUCAAAGCACAGGGUAGCACUGGCAAGAAAAGGAUUUGCCCUUACAGGAGAAAACUUGUUGAAGAGUUACUUAAUAAAGUCCCUGAAAGCAUGACCUUGCAUGCUGCAUGCUGUAUAAUCACACUUGUCUAUACAAAGAUGUUGACUGAUUUGCCAAGAUGGAAAGGUCAGAACGAUUAAAGUAUAGUCUGUCAAAUUUUAAAGGUCAGAUGAACAAAAGCGUAAAAAGUAGGGCUUAAUGCCCCUUUCUCAGCCCCCUUUUCACCUUCUGUCACCGCCCUCAUCUGUGGUAUAUAAAUAUAUGAAUUUUACCUCUCACACAUCACCUCUCUGAAUUUGCUGCACUCUCACUGGUCGAAGACAUUCAAGCCUGAUCAUGAGCAGAAACUUCUUGUCCAAAAAUGACGAGCUCCGCAGGGGAGACUACCUGGUGUCCAACAACAAGCAGUACAAAGCUAUAUUUCAGGGUGAUGGCAACUUUGUCAUCUAUGGCUGGAAGCCUUUGUGGACUUCAGACACUGAUGGAUCAGACGCUGUCCGUCUGUGCAUGCAGGCUGACUGCAACCUGGUCAUGUACAGCAAGUGUGACACGCCUAGGUGGCACACAAACUCUGCCAAGUCUGCCACAUGCAACAUGUGCCGUCUUCAACUGACUGAUGACGGCAAACUGGUGGUGAACAGAGAGUGCGAAGAAAUCUGGAGCUCUGAAAAGUCCAAAGGCAUGAAGUGAUGCUUGUGUGCGACCGUCCUUUGGCAUAAACCUUCAGCGAUGCUAUUAAAUCAACAUAUACCAGUGCAUAAACAAGCCUUUCCUUUUUCUUUCUGUUUAGCUCUGCAAGGUUCUGAAUCUUAGCCCUCAAUCUGCAUUUUUUGUCUUUACAGCUUCCCUCUGUAAAACACAAAGGAUUGUAACCAAAUGGCAAAAAAUAAAAAUAAAAUGAAAGGUAUCUGACCAA